GCAGAAUUUGUCUUGGCGGCAGAAGUUCAAGGCUGUUGCCAUAAAAAGUAAACCUGAAAUGAAAUCUCCAGGUUUGUCUUCUAAGAAGAAAAAGAAAGUUCAUGUGUCCAAUGAUGUAAAUGAGGGACCUGAUGCUUUGGUGCUUGGAGAUGAUGGAGAUCAUGAUGGAGAUUUUGCUACAAAUUCUCCUGUCAGCCGCAACCUAGAAGAAUGUGAAAUAAGCUUCCCUCGAUUUGGUCCCAGGAGUUCUGGUCAUGGUGAUGACCGCUACAAAGUGAGAGAAACUCUUCGGUUGUUCAAUGCUACCUGUAGAAAGCUCUUGCAACUAGAGGAAGAAGAAGUGGGAAACCUGGUUGAAGGAGAGGAAGGAAGAUCAAAGCAGUUGGGCAGAAAACUCAGAAGGAUUGAUCUAAUAGCUUCACAGGUGCUCAAGACGAAGGGAAUAUAUGUAAAUACAACUAAAAGAAUUGGAGCAGUUCCAGGAGUUGAAGUGGGCGACGAAUUUCAAUACAGAGUGGAGCUUGCUGUUGUUGGCAUUCACUUCCCAUUCCAGUCUGGCAUAGAUAGUAUGAAGGUAGAUGAACUUGUACUUGCUACCAGUAUUGUUACGUCUGGGGCAUACCAAGACGAUGCCGAGAAUGCUGAUGUUUUAAGAUAUUGUGGGCAAGGAGGAAAUGUCCUCGGGAAGUCUAAACAACCUGAAGAUCAAAAGCUUGAAAGGGGGAAUUUGGCUCUAAAGAAUUGUAUAGAUAAAAAGACACCAGUGCGUGUUGUUCGUGGAUGGAAGGAGAUGGUGCGUAUUGACCCUCUGGAUUCCAAGCCUAAAAUGGUCACUAGUUAUGUUUAUGAUGGCCUAUAUACUGUGACUGAUUGCUGUACAGAAAAAGGGCCACAUGGUAAGCAAGUUUUUAUGUUUGAGUUGAGGAGGAACCCAGGCCAGCCUGAUCUUGCUUGGAAAGAAUUGAAGAAGUCAAGUAAGUCCAAAGUCCGCCCAGGAUUGUGUGUCACUGAUAUUUCUUGUGGAAAAGAACGCAUUCCUAUUUGGGCGGUGAACACUAUAGACGAUGGAAAACCACCUCCAUUCAACUACAUUUCAAAGAUGAUGUACCCUGAUUGGUACAGUCCAAACCCCCCAAAAGGUUGCAAUUGUGUCGGGCAAUGUUCUGUCAGAAAAAAAUGUGCAUGUGCACAGAGAAAUGAUGGAGCAAUCCCAUACAACCGCAAUGGAGCUUUAGUUGAAACUAAGACUCUUGUGUACGAGUGUGGUCCCCAUUGCAAAUGCCCCCCUUCCUGCUACAAUAGGGCCACACAACGUGGCAUCAAGUUUCAGCUUGAGAUCUUCAAGACACAGGCUAGAGGCUGGGGUGUGAGGGCCCUGUCUUCUAUACCUUCAGGAAGCUUCAUAUGCGAGUACGUAGGAGAACUUCUUGAUGAUGUAGAAGCUGAGGAGAAAAUUGGCAAUGAUGAGUAUCUCUUCGACAUUGGCCAGAAUCUAAUCGAUUCCCCUGCCAAUUCUGAUGACGAAGAAAUGACUGCUGAGCUUAAAGGAGGGGGUUGCACGAUUGAUGCGUUGACGUAUGGGAAUGUUGGGAGGUUCAUUAAUCACAGCUGUGCGCCCAACCUUUGGGCGCAAAAUGUGAUUUAUGACAACGAUGACAAGAGAAUGCCCCACGUGAUGCUUUUCGCAAUGGAGAACAUUCCUCCUCUCCAGGAGCUCACCUAUUCUUACAACUACUCCUUUGGUCAGAUCCGCGACUCUGAUGGAAACGUUAAGGUUAAGAGUUGUUACUGCGGCGCUGCAGGAUGCAGCGGCAGGUUGUACUGAGGUGUUUGUGAUUAUGCUUUUCAUAUAUAUAUCUUUCUUCCAUUUUUAUGUUGCUGACAUGUGCAUAUACAAAGCCUAGAGAGUGGCUCCCAAGUUUUCCUAAUGAAUGAACUGUAACAUUUAUAAAUGCAGAUAGAAUUUCUCUGUGAGCA